GCCUUCCCGAUGGGCGCUGCCGCCGUCAUUCGGCUCACGCUCUUCCCAGACUCUCUAUCACGGCUAGGCCCUCGUAGUCUUGUGCAGCUCCAGCACCAGGCUGAAUACUUCUCUCUCUUCCCUUCUUGUUUCCGCAUCUUUGCCUUCUGUACUUGAAAAACUUGACUGGGUGCCGAAGCUCCUCCAUUCCUUGGUGCAUCUUUGAAUCGCACCUACUUGAUCCACAAUAGCUGUGUUGUGCCCGGGUUGCUUAAAGAUGGGACUUUCAGAGAGAAAAAGUGAAAAGGGCAACACCCAGUGGAACACGGCUAUCUGUUCUGAAAGAAAUUGUUCUCUGCCCAAAGUUUGUAUCGUCAUUUUCCCCAUUGCUGAAUCAAGCCCAUUGCUGAUGAUAGUUCCAUCCAAACAAAUUUGAGCAUAUCUCAAGUAUCUUCAUGGACUAUCUGAAUGUCAUCUUGAUAGGAAAAUUGCUGAACAGGCAUCUAGAGUUAGUCUACCAUAACGUGUUGGAUCAAGGUAUAAUCAGUUAUUGCAAACAACAAUCUCGAAAAGGAAACCUAGCCUAUUGAAUUCAGCUGCUACUUGUGAAAGAUCUUCCAGCCUGUUGAGUCACAGCCAAUGGCCUGAACCACUGAACAUUAAUAGUUAAAGGUCACUUGGAGCACAGAUGGCGCUUUGGGACAGAUGAAAGAGAAAGAAGAUAGUGACACCAAGUUAUGGGCACUGCACGCAGCUGGGAAGAAAUGUUGUUGUGUACUUGAGUGGAUUGGCAAGGCUUUUUCAGUGGAAUUCCCUUAUCUGCAGGCAAUGGAGCAGCCACCCCGUAAUUAUUGACCAAUUUAUAUCUAUCUCCCAGCAGUGGCUGAGCAGGCAUAAAUUAAAGCAGGUGGAAGAAGCAAUCCAUGGCCAUAAAUGCACAUUUCUGCCUCCUCUGCUCCUCAGUCGUCUCUUUCCGCUCAGCCUCAGCUCUUUAUCUUCCCUAUUCCAGAGGUCUCCUACUCCGAGAACCGGGAAAUCUGGAAAAAGGUGGCAUCUUGCACUCUCUCUACGCGCCAGGGCAGCUGUUUUGUAUUCCGUUUCUUUGUUACUCAAUGUGCGGUUUUGUUGACUCCUAGCUCGAUACUCAGACGUUUCUAAUCGUCCAAGUUCACUGUUCCGUUUUGUGUUCCUGAUCUUCCAACUUCCAAGGUCUCGAAUGGAAAUCCUUACUCCGCGUUACUCCUGCUGCAAUUGGUUCGUCACUGAGAAAAGAAAGGGUAGCAAAGGAACUGGCACUUGGACCCAGGAUGAGAACAAACGCUUUGAGGAUGCCUUGGCAAGGUUCGACAAAGAGACCCCUGACCGCUGGGUAAUGGUGGCUGCUUCUGUCCCCGGGAAGACUCCAUGGGAGGUGGAAAAUCACUACCUGGAUUUGGUGGAUGAUGUGAGGCAGAUAGAAUCUGGGAGAAUUCCUUGUCCUGGUUAUGAUCGUUCUUUUUCUCUGGAGUGGGAGGGAAAUCAUGGCUUCGAAGGUCUGAAACAUGCACACAGAAUUGGCGGUAAGAGACGAACAUCCCAUCAGGAGAGGAAGAAAGGAGUCCCUUGGACUGAAGCGGAGCACAAGCUUUUUCUGCUUGGUCUCAAAGAACAUGGUAAAGGGGAUUGGAGAAAUAUUUCUCGAAAUUUUGUGAUCACAAGAACCCCUGCUCAAGUGGCGAGUCAUGCACAGAAGUACUUCAUUAGACUUAAUUCACGUGGCAAAGAUAAAAGAAGGUCUAGCAUUCAUGACAUUACAACUGUGAAUCUAUCAAAUAAUAGGCCUCCCCCAAUAUCACAGCCGUCUACUCUAAAUACUGAGCCGACCACAGCUUCUGCACCGUCAUGGAUUAUCGAUUCAUAUCAACAUGGUGAAACAAACGGAGUGUUUAGCUCAUCGGCACGAAGGAGUCGAUUCGUGAACGCACAUCAUGUGGAAGUUCCUUAUAGUUGAAGUUGGAAGCUUGUGCACCUCACAAUGACAUUGUGCAGGAACUCUAAACCACUCCAAUUUGGACUUCAUUGUUAAGGUUUGGAGUGACUGAAUGGGUAUCACACGUUGUCACUUUAAUUGCCAGCAAGCUGAAAUGUGAUUAAAGAAUUAAAGUUAGUGCGAAGUGAAGAAAUGUUGCACUCUGAUGACGACCACAAAAUGAGUUUCAGCAAUCACAUUCUACACUAUUGGUUCUUGCAAAGUCAUUCUCAAAGAUGAUGUUUAUAAAUUGGUCCACUGUGGCCGAGUCAGAGGCCACUCUCCUACUUUGUUACUGUGAAUGACUGUGAAUGGUGAUACCAAUUUUGUUAGCUUUAUCAAUCAACUUAGGCUUCACUACUGCUUGCUUAUCUCAGCUUGGUCACUAACUUUAGUUGGGAGUUGGGACUUGUCUGUAUUCCACUGUCUUGGCUUGUCACACUUUCAUAUUUCUCUUGCAUUUUGCCUUUUCUUUCCUGCA